GUUGUCUCGUUUGACAAGCCGCUUCGGCGCCAUUAUUCCUAUAUUCUAUUAUGUUGUUAGACGCUGUUUUCUUAUGUAUUCUUUGAUAAAAUCCAAAAAUCAAUCAUGUACAUCAAGCAGGUUAUCAUUCAAGGUUUUAGAAGCUAUCGUGAACAGAUUGUUGUAGAACCUUUUAGCCCCCGACACAAUGUGAUCGUUGGAAGGAAUGGGUCUGGAAAGAGUAAUUUCUUCCAUGCAAUCCAAUUCGUUUUAUCUGAUGAAUAUAGUCAUUUACGUGAAGAACAGAGAAAUGCUCUUCUUCACGAAGGCAUUGGGCCAAGAGUGGUUUCGGCAUUUGUAGAAGUAGUUUUUGAUAAUACGGAUAGAAGAUUACCUUUAGAGGGCGAUUCUGUAGUACUAAGAAGAGUAAUAGGAUCGAAAAAAGAUCAAUACUUCUUAGAUAAGAAAAUGGUUACAAAAACGGAUGUGAUGAAUCUCUUGGAAAGUGCUGGAUUUUCUAGAAGUAACCCUUACUAUAUUGUUAAACAGGGAAAAAUUAAUCAGAUGGCCACAGCACCAGAUUCACAGCGAUUAAAAUUAUUACGUGAAGUUGCCGGAACAAGAGUUUAUGAUGAACGAAAGGAAGAGUCGAUGAAUAUUCUUAAUGACACGGAAAGUCGUUUAGAAAAAAUCGAAGAUUUGUUAAAAUAUAUCAAUGAGCGGCUCUCUGCACUUGAGACUGAAAAAGAGGAGUUAAAAAAAUAUCAAGAGUUGGAUAGAGAGCGUAGAAAGUACGAAUAUCAGAUUCAUAAUAAUGAAUUAGCUGAUGUCAAGAAAAAACUCGAAAAAUUACAAAAACAAAAAGAUCAGAGUAGCGUUGGCAGUGCUGACGUUAGGGAAGAACUUCAAAAGUAUAGUGAAAGAGUUAAAGCAGUAGCUAAACAGCAACGUGAACUAAAAAUGCGCUUACAGUCCCUGGUUGAUGAAAAAGAUUCCCUUUCAUCAGAAGUUGCUGAAUUAACGAAAAAGAAAGCUAAUUUGGAAUUAACAGUUAAGGACUUACAAGAAGAAUUAGAGGGCGAAACUGGAACUCAAAAUAGAAUUGAAAAUGAAUUAAAGAAAUUGGAUGAAAAAAUAGCCAAAACAAGGGAGCAGUUGGCAGAGAUUCAACCAAAAUACAAGAAAAAACGAGAUACUGAAGAGCGAUUGACCAGUCAGUUAGCUAGAGCAGAACAAAGAAGAAAAGAAUUAUACGCUAAACAGGGAAGAAACAAUCAAUUUAGCUCUAAGGAAGAGAGAGACAAGUGGUUGACAAAAGAAUUAAAAGAUCUACGACGUGCUAUACAAAGUAAGGAGGAACAAAUUAGACGAUUAAAGGAUGAUCUGCAAAAGGACGAGCACAAACACAAAGAAUUAGUCAAUGAAAUGCAAAGUAUUGAAUCAAAAAUUGAAGAGCAUAAAAAGGAUAUUGAUAAUGACCAGAGGGAAGUAUUUGAAGAGAAAAAAUUGAAGGAUAAUUUACAAAAUGAAAGAAAUCAAUUAUGGCGAGUUGAAAACACUUUAAAUCAAGAAAUUGUCUCCCUUCGAGACGAAUUAAGUAAAAGAGAACAGAAUCUUAGAUCAAUCAUUGGUAAAGCAAUUCUGAAUGGCAUUGAUAGCAUUAACAAAGUUCUACAAAGUUUAAAAGACAGAAAACGGAGCCCUGAAUUAAUUGAGGGUUAUAGAGGAACGUUGAUUGAAAAUUUUGAAGUUAGCCGACAGUUCUAUUGUGCUGUAGAAGGAACAGCUGGCAGUAAACUUUUUUAUCAUAUAGUUGAUUCGGAUAGAACAGGCACUGAAUUACUUAGAGAAAUGAAUCGAAUGGGAUUGCCCGGUGAAGCAACGUUUCUUCCAAUGAACCGAGUUCGUGGUAAAAUGGUCGAUCCUCCAGUGGACAAGGAUUAUGCAAUCCGAAUGAUUGAUCAGCUGCAAUUUGACCCUAGUUUUCGUGGCGUUAUGGUCAAUGUUUUCGGCAAGACAAUGAUUUGCAAGAAUUUAGAGGUAGCUUCAAAGGUUGCACAGGAACAUAAUGUAGAUUGUAUUACAAUGGACGGUGAUCAAGCUCUAAGACGGGGAGUAUUAGCUGGUGGCUAUAAUGAUGCCAGACGAAGUCGCUUGGACCUUCACAAAACGAAGCAAGAGACUGGUGAAAAAUUGCAAUUAAAGCUUCGUGAAUUGGAAAAUCAUCGUGCUCGACUGAAUGAUGUUGACUCUAAGCUCAAUCAAGCUAUUAUGGAGAUGCAACGAGCUGAAACUAAAAACAGUAAUAAUCGAGCUAUGUUUGAAAAGAUGAAAACUGAUCAACGAUUAAAGAAGCAAGAAUUACAACGUAUUGAAUCUUCGAAAACGCCGAAGGAACGUUCUUUAAAAAGCUUAGAGACUCAACUGAAUACAAUGCGAGCUCAGGAAGAGUCUUAUCAGGAGGAAUUGGGUUCUGAUAUGACAGCGCAAUUAAGCGCUGAAGACCAGAAAGAGGUUGACAAAUUAAACGAUCAAAUUGAUCGUUUGACAAAUGAGAAUCGUGUAAGUUUAAAAGAACGUGUUCAAUUGGAAAGAGACUUGAACAAACUGGACAACCUUUUGAAUAAUAAUCUACUAAAGAAGAAAGAAAAACUUCAGCAAGAUCUUGAGGAUAAGUAUAGUGAAGACCAGGAGAAAAAGCUUGAAAUGCUUCAACAGGAAUUCGAUACUAUUAACUCACGAUUGAACGAUCACACUGGUAGACUAAAAGAAUUAGAUAAUCAAAUUGAGAUUAUUAACAAGGAUCAAAAGGAGAAAGCAUGCGAAUUAGAAGAAUGUAAAGAACAUGAGCGUAACCAGCAGGAUAUGAUCAACUCUGAAACAAAGGAAUUAGAAAAAAUCGCAAAUAAACAGAGUAACUUAGUAAAGAAAAAAGAGGAGUGUAUGAAAAAAAUUCAAGAAUUGGGUUCAUUACCUCAGGAAGCUUUCGAAGGAGAGGUUUUGCCAACGAAAGAUUUAUACAAGCGUUUGGAAAAUGUAAACAAGGAAUUAAAGAAGUAUAGUCACGUAAACAAAAAAGCUUUGGACCAGUAUAUGUCGUUUUCUGAACAAAAAGAAACACUUAUGAACAGACGUCAGGAAAUGUUAACUGAUAAAACGUCGAUUAAGGAGCUAAUGUAUCACUUAGAUCAGAGAAAAUAUGAAGCCAUACAACUCACGUUCAAACAAGUUUCUAAAUACUUUACGGAAAUAUUUAAAAAACUCGUGCCUCAGGGUCAUGCUGAAUUGGUUAUCAAAAAGGAGACUGAUGCAGUGGGUGCCGAAGAGGAUGAUACCCCUGUUUCAGCGUCGGGAGGAGGACACUUGGUUGAACAAUUUAAAGGUGUAGCAAUUCGGGUGUCAUUUAGUGGGAAAACAGCCGAGAUGAAAGAUAUGCAGCAAUUAUCUGGUGGACAAAAGUCAUUGGUAGCCCUGACAUUGAUUUUUGCAAUUCAGAAGUGUGAUCCUGCGCCCUUUUACCUUUUCGAUGAAAUCGAUCAGGCUUUGGAUAGUCAACAUCGUAAAGCGGUAGCUGAUAUGAUUGCGGAGCUGUGUUCUGAAGCUCAAUUUAUUACGACUACCUUUCGAUCUGAAUUAUUGGAACAUGCUGAUAAAUUCUAUGGUGUGCUAUUCAGGAAUAAAGUAUCACAUGUUGAAUGUGUUACCCGUGAAAAAGCUGAAGAUUUCCUAGAAGACGAUCAGGCUCAUGGCUAA